CCUCUUGUGAAUUGAAUCCCGCUCGCUUGUAACAUAUACGUGAUCGAUUGAGGCCCGCGCCAUACGGGGAAAAGGUAUCUGGAGCGGGUCGAGGAUAAACGUACAUUUUCCCUUUUUUACGGACGAGUGAAAUGUAAACCUUAAUUUGAGGGGUUGAAGAGUUUCAGCUUUCAAGGAAAAGAGGACUGGUGAAAUCCAGAUAUCCAAGGGAGGUUGCCAGUCAAUCUGGACACUGUGUAGGGGAGGUUGGUUAAUGUCUCUUGAGCAUUGCAGGAAGUACUCUGUCAGUCUUUCAUCACUGCUAGGAGUAUGGAGGAGACCCGAGAGAUUCCAUUUUACCCAUCCACACAGUUUGCAGACCUGAUGGACAAUCCCAGGUCCUAUUUUGGCUAUGCCUUCUCACCUCAGGAAGCUGAUGAAGUAGUACGUCAAUAUGAAGCUCACACACACACUAAGUAUGUGUGCUACAAGGACAACUUUGGCUAUGGCCAACCAAUCAAAGAGGCUCUAAAGAAAAGGAGAGAUGGACACUGCAUCAGGUUUAAAUACUCAACGGCUUUCUGUUGUCCCGAUGCUACACCCCUUCCUCUGAAUGGUAUUCCUUUCAUUAUACUCGGCCGUAUGUGGAAACAGUGUCAGUAUGGACCAGAUCGCAGAAAGAAUAGGAAGGUACGAAAGCGCCUGAGAAAGUCAAAGAAGGUAGGCUGUCCAUCAAAGAUAAUCCUGCGGGAUAUGGUCGUCUACCCACAAUACAAAAUACAUGCACAUUCACGAGGCCAAGACAGACUUAAAAAAGUAACGUCGGCAAAGAUAAAAUCUGAACUGGAAUCAGGUGAAAUGAAAGGAGAACGACGGAUCUACAUUGAUCUACCAGAUCCUAAGGGACAUGUUGGCCAUACUCCAGGACAGGAGAUUAAAAUUCUGUCUCAAAAGAACGAGAGGAAGCUGAGGGCUCAAGAAAGGGCUAUCAUGGAUCUGACAUUCCUAGGCACGGCCUCCUGCUUUCCAACACCCAAAAGAGGAGUUUCUUCAACGGUCUUCAGACAUGAUGGUGAAUGUUGGAUGUUUGAUUGCGGGGAGGGAACUCAGAUCCAACUCAUGAAGAGCAAACUCAAAGCCAGUCACAUCACCAAAAUCUUCAUCACUCAUCUCCAUGGCGAUCACCUCUUUGGCUUACCGGGUCUGCUGUGCACCAUGAGUCAGGGUACCGCUGAAGCCAAGAAGAAUAAGAUUGAGAUUUACGGUCCAUGGGGAUUACGCAAAUACCUGCGCGUGGCUCUAGAGAUGUCUCGGUCAACAUUCAACUUCUCCUACGUAGUGCAUGAGCUGAUUCAUUCACCGGUGGACUUGCCAUCUGACUGGACGGAAUGGCAUCCCAACCAUGAAGCAGACGAUCAUCACCAUCCUCAAGAAGAAGAAGGUCGUAAUAUAGAGAUGGAUGUAGAUGAAGAAUGUUGGCUGCUCUUUGAAGACAAGAGAAUCAAGGUGAAGGCUGCCCCACUGACACACCGUAUUCCAUGCUUUGGCUACGUCAUUAAAGAGAAGACCCAAGUAGGAAAACUGAAAGCAGGGUAUUUGAAAGAAAGAGGCAUUCCACCCGGCCCCCUGUAUGCCAAGAUCAAGGAUGGGAAUAACAUUGUGUCACCAACUGGUCAGGUCAUCACUCCAGCUGAAGCCAUUGGACCAUCAAUACCAGGACGGAAAAUAGUCAUUCUAGGAGACACGAAGGACUCAUCACGAAUGAGCAGGAUAGCACAUGAUGCUGAUAUCUUAGUCCAUGAAGCUACACUCAAUAAUGAACAUGUGGAGAAAUGCCUAGAGGCUGGCCAUUCCACACCAGCCAUGGCAGCAAACUUUGCCGCGAGCAUCAACGCCAAGAGCUUAGUUCUCUUCCAUGUCAGUCAACGCUUCAAGGCCCUGAAUGAACCAACAGAGGAGGGCGAAGAGACAGUGGAACUCCUAGUGCAGCAAGCCUCGGAGGCCGGCUAUACCGGCCAGGUAGUCAUCGCUGAAGACCUGGAUACUAUCACUAUACAGAGGAAGAUUGAGGAGCAGACUGUGGAGACUAUGGAGGCUGUGGAGACUCUGGAGACUGACACAGCUGCAACAAGUUGAUGUUUCAUUGGGGAGAAGAGAUCUCUGUAUCUGGAGGAUGGCAUUGCUCUUGAAUUGAAUUAUUACAAGAAACUGUUGUACAACAAGACUGAGUUUGAGUAUUGCUUAUUGUCUUCAAGAUGUGUGUUCAUCGCAUUCCAUGGAUAUGAGAAAAAACUACGCUAAUCUGUGUUCCUGCGCUAGAGAUGGUUCUUUUGAUAUAAUGCAGCUGUAUUCUUCCUUCAAUUGGGAGGAUGGUACAACUCAAAAUAUGUAAAGGUUACAUCGGAAUAUAUUGCCCAUAAAGUAACAGCCCUAAAAUGUUCCCACCUGUACCAUAAUUUUAAAAGUGACCUCAAAUUGUAUUUAACAAAUCUACCUAUCGUUUUAAUGAUGACAUUAUGUGGCAUAAAUUUAUCUGCCCCAAUUGUAUUAUUGGCCAAAUGAAUCUAUUUACAAUUAUCCCUGUCUCCUUCACAUAACGCUCGACAGAGAUACCUACAAUUUCAUUUCCCAAAGUUGACUUCAAUGUGGAAAGAAACUAAAAUUAGUGGUUUAGGCACAUUUUGAUGUCUCUAAUAGCCUGAUUUGCCAUUAUACAGUGCCUGAAUAAAUCCCCCCAUCUGAUUGGUGGGUCAUUGAUCACAUUAAAUUAUUCGUCCCAACACACGGCGCGACUGCACAGCAAAAAUAGAAGUUCCAUUGCACGGUCACACUUUUGGCAGCUUUGACCAAUCAGAUGGCAAGGAUUUAUUCAGUUGUAUUGAAUUAACAAAGAAUGUUUCACAUUUGCGCAGUGGAAAGGAUAUUUUCAUUUCGUGACAGAUGCAAUUCCAUUUUCGCCUCAAGGAAUUGAACGUUCCAUCUGUCACCUCAUGAAAUUAUUCUGACCAUUGCACCGACAAACAUUCAUUAUUUGUAUAACAUUUGGAUUGAAGACUCAGAAUAGGUACCAUCUGUAUGGGAAUUCAUGUUCCAAUGGGUGUGUAUGUGGCAAUGAAAGACAUACAAUGUACAUGUCACUGAAUACAUGCUGUAUAGAGCACCGAAGUGUGACGUCAUUUAGAACCAGGAAGUGUAGUGCAAACGAAUGGAGAACGCGCGCGUGAUGGUUCACGGGCUGAAUCACGCGCUUAUGUCUUUUACACAUUUAUUGUGCGCGUGAUGUAUUCACUUUGGUGCUCUAUAUUCCCACUUCGUAAAAACCUGA